AUGGCGCCCGCGCAACCAGAGCUCAAGAAGUACCUCGACAAGCGGCUGUUCGUCCAGCUGAACGGAAGCCGCAAAGUCAUUGGCGUCCUCCGCGGAUACGAUGUCUUCUUGAACAUUGUGCUGGACGACGCGGUCGAGGAGAAGGACAACGGGGAGAAGGCCAAGCUCGGCAUGGUUGUCAUCCGCGGCAACUCGGUCGUCAUGCUGGAGGCGCUAGAGCGGAUCGGCGGCGACGAGCGGGGUGGGCGUUAA